CUGCAACUGCGCUCGUGACUGUCUACGCGAGAGGAGGCGAGCCUCGUCCCGUCCUUCAAUUAUCGCGAUGUUUGAUCAGCUGUUGGUCUGUUUUUAGAGUCUAGUGUUCGGACGGUCAACACGUGGGGAGGAGAACCGUGCAUAGAAGAGAGGGGACGUCUAAGGAUUGAGCUGGGGCCCAGAAAACGUAGAUUAACGUGCACCUAUUCACGGUGGCGGUGCGGAAUACAAUUCACAACAGUGUAGCUGUUAGGGUGCAGAGGAGAUGCCAUUCAGGUUUCGCUCCUUAGUCCCGUACACCGUGCCCGGUGUGCUGGCACUCUUAGGAGGAUGGUGGUGGUACACUUCCCGAAAGAAAGGCCGACUUGCUGGUCAUGAGGGCGCAGAGGGGAUGACUGUGGACCUACACGUCUCCCCCAGCGAAGGCAGUAACGGCCUGAUGGAAAAGCAUUGCUCCACAGCCGUAGCUGGUGCCCCCUGCAGGUCUGACAGAGACGGACAGAAAGUUAAGGGGGAGAAACCGGCGGAGCAACAGGUGUUGGCGCAGGUACAUGUGCCGGCGGCGGCUAAGCCGCCCAGCCCAGCUCAGUCUACGGAGGCUGCGGACAGUUGCGCUGCUGCAGCCAGCCCGCAGCUCGACGAUGCGACUGACCGGGAAAACGGCAGCGUGGUUGCCGUGAUGGUGACGGCCGUAGCCGCGCUUCCGCCGAAGGCAGAGGAAGAGACCCGGGGAUCCAAGGGACCAGAGGAGGACGCAGCGAGCGUCCAGACAAGCAGCCCAGCUCCCUGUGGGAAGCCUGUUCCCGGCACAGCGGAAGGGGCGGUGGCAGCAGAGCUGCCCAACUUGGUGCGACCGGAACCAGAGGGUGAGGUGGCAGAUGACAAAACCACAGUGCCUUUUGUGGAGAGCAUACAGCCGGACGCGGUCAAAGAGGACUUGCCCGUGGCCGAAGAGCAGGCCUGCGGGUCGAGCCGGCAGGACGUGCUCUGCUCUGAGCCCGUUGCAGAGGCCCUAAGUCCCCCCCCCUGGCACGCCCAACCACCCUCCCUCUCUGCGCCGGGCGCCGAGGAGCCUCAGGAGAACGGGCUACACGCUGAAGAUAUCGAGAGCCUGGCAGCGGGCCUGGUCACCGGCGUCAUCUCUGCAGCCGCCCGAGAGGUGCUCGCAGAGGGAGAACGGGAUGAGGCUUCUGGUGGGCCGUUGGAGCCCAGCAACAGCACCCCAGUGACCAACGGCCGCCCGUUCAUGGCUCAGGAGGCCAUGAGGGACGCCGCCUUGACACCCGUCGAGACUCUCCACCCAUCUCUAGGGGAGCGCUCUGCCGCAAGCCGCGCGGAGGUGGUAACUGGCGAGGGCGCCCUGGCAGGGCUGCUGCCACAGGAGGAGGGCGGCACCGCCGCCGCUGCCACGGAGGUGAACGGCUGCCUAGCGUGGCAGACGCCUGAGAAUGACCAUAUCUGGAUGAGAGCGGAAAACGGACCAGAAAGCAUCUGUCCCGCCCAAAUUCAAGAGGCUACGCCCCCCAGCCUAGCCAAGCUCCAGGCGGAGGAGGCCAUCGCCCUGGCGGAGGAUUCCGGUUGCAGCACCUGCCAGUCGGAAGACGGCAUAGGCGGCGAGGACGUCUUGCACGGUGCGGGGUCCGUCUGUGCGGGUCCCAACAGAAAGGAGGACCCGAGGCAUCUUUCAGGUGCAUGUGGGUGGGUCCCAGAAAGGGUGGCCCCUCAUCCCUUUGUGCAUGAGGAGAAGAGCCUGAAUGAUACCGUCCUGCGGAAUGGGAGUCAUGUGAUCGAGACAGAGGCGGACCAAUCGGGUGGUUCAGACGUGAACAGUAUGGACUCGGUGGACAGUGGCUGUACGCUGGGGUUGGCAGACGGGCACCGUGGUUCAGGGAGCCAGCCCCCCCACUCGCAGACCACAGAGCUCAUCAUCUGGGAGAUCGAGGUGCCGAAGCACCUUGUUGGCCGAUUAAUCGGAAAGCAGGGGAGAUACGUGAGCUUCCUGAAGCAGACCUCCGGCGCAAAGAUCUACAUUUCCACAUUGCCUUACACUCAGGAUUUUCAGAUCUGCCACAUAGAGGGCACGCAGCAGCAGGUGGACAAAGCCCUCACACUGAUUGGCAAGAAGUUCAAAGACCUGGACCUGACCAACCUGUACGCCCCUCCCCCGCUGCCUCUCGGCUUGCCCUCGUUGCCCAUGACGUCCUGGCUCAUGCUUCCUAACGGGGUGACGGUGGAGGUCAUCGUCGUCAACAUCGUGUCGGCGGGCCACAUCUUCGUGCAGCAGCACACGCACCCCACGUACCACGCCCUGCGGAGCCUCGACCAGCAGAUGUUCCUAUGCUACUCGCAACCCGGCACCCCCACUCUCCCAUCCCCGGUAGAAGUGGGUGUCAUAUGCGCCGCUCCCGCUGGGGAAGGAGCGUGGUGGAGAGCACAAGUCAUCGCCUACUGCAAGGACUCCAACGAAGUGGAGAUCCGAUACGUCGACUAUGGAGGCUAUGACCGGGUCAAGGUUGACACCCUUCGGCAGAUAAGAUCGGACUUUGUAACAUUACCGUUCCAAGGGACCGAAGUUUUAUUGGACAACCUGGCGCCCCUCCCAGGAGCGGAUCGAUUUUCAGCAGAGGCCAGCACAGCAUUGGAGGAGAUCACCAGGGGUGUAGCGUUACUGGCACAGGUAACAAGCUACGACAGCACCACCGGCCUGCCUUUAAUUCAGAUGUGGAACAUGGUCGGAGAUGAGCUGGUGUCAGUGAACCGUACACUCAUAGAACGAGGACUUGGCACUUGGCUGGACGGCUUCUGAUCCUGCCCCCCCCCACCCCCCCCCAGCCACUACAUCCCAAAGACCAUAAUCUCCACACUCCUCUUUACCCCCACCACCCCACAUUUUCCCCUGUUUUUUUUUUUUGUUAAUGCAGUACACUGGAGUUCGGCCCAACUGAUCUGCUGGUAGGUCCUGCAGUUCUGCGCUACUGGAUUCACUCUCUGGAGUCUUUUUUUUUUUUUUGCCUUAAAUUUGGUGAAGUGGGGGUGUUGUUUUUCUCCCCUCCCCCCCUCCUUUUUUUUUUUUUUUAACCACUGUUGCCCCCAUCCCCGGGUGGAAAUGCCGCCUCACCACAGGCCGACUCCCUCCUUAUCCCGAUAUCAAAAAAUAAAAUUUGUAAAAAAAAAAAAAAAAUCUCCUUAAAAACAAAGCACUUAUGCUUCUAGUUCUUGUUAAUGGGGAAUAAUAAACCUACCCAGUAAUAAAGGCUCAUGAACUCCGUCCUGCCUGAAUUUUUUCACUCAGGCUUUCUGUAUAGACUGGACUGUGGAAUAUCAUAAUGUGGAUGUAUAGUGAAAAAUCACAAUACUGUAUAUGAAGAAUUUAGUACAGUACUUACAAUGGUAAUUAAUUGUAUAAAUUUGUAUAGUUCAUGCCAUACAGGUUUUUUUUUCCCCCCUAUAAAAGUCUGAUGCAAAUCCA